UAUUUUACUGUUUACUUUUGUUUUAAAAAAGUUAUACUUUUUUGUUCUUGCAGCACAGAUUUCCAAAAAAGCAAGUUAUAUUUCGUGCACUGCAUCACUGCCAGCUUUAGGUCAUGGCUCGGAGCCCCGCUCGUGAACGCAUCGUGGUGCUGGUCGACAUGGACUGCUUCUACGUGCAGGUGGAAGAGCGCGACCAUCCCGCCAUACGCGGCAGACCUGCGGCCGUCGUGCAGUACAACACGCAUCGCGGUGGCGGGAUCAUUGCGGUGAACUAUGAAGCUCGCGCGUGCGGCGUGAAGCGCGGCAUGCGCGGCACGGACGCCACGGCUGCGUGUCCUGAGAUCACGCUGGUGCAGGUGCCCACGCAGCGGAAUAAAGCCAACCUCAGCAAGUAUCGUAACGCUGGGAAGGAAGUGCUGGACGUGAUGUGCCAGUACAGUGAACUGGUAGAGCGAGCCAGCAUAGACGAGGCGUAUCUCGACGUCACUCAGGUGGUUGACGACAUAAUAAAAAAAUAUAAGAACGGGGGCGAAACUUGUAAUGAAUUGUCAAAAUCUGUCGUUAACGAUCCAGACCAAAAGCAUGCAAUUGGUGUGCCUAACGUUGAAAUUGAUGGCAGCAGUAAUGUAGCCACGAACAAUCGAACUUUAUUGUGUAAUGACAAAAACUCUGGCCUUAUUUCUAUCAUUCCUACACUGGAAGAGCUGCCUUCAACGUGGGUGCAGCUCCCACUGUCCAAUCCAGUUGAUAAUAUAUAUGCAUUGCAUGAGGACGAGCAACGGAGGAAGUACGAACUAGAGACGACUGCUGUGUCCGACUGGAGGCCUGGAGAAGUGCAGGAUCCCGGCAAUACAAUAAUGAAAAUAAAUGAAGUUCCGACCAGUAUACCUGAUCGAGAGGAGCUCAAUAACAUGGAAAAUGAGGCUAAAAAUAAGGAUCCUACUGCAGCAGAGGAAACAGAUCCUCCUGUAGGCGCUCUUGAUGUCUUAGAGAUGGAAAAGACACCAGCUGAAAAAGAGGCUGAACGCGUUCAGGGACUGUCGUCAUGGCUCGCAAAUUUGCGCCUGGAUCUAAAGACUUCUUCCACAUUUGAUGACGACGGUGAGGAUUUGAACGAAACUGUUGAUGAAGCAUCGACUUCAUGUGUCAAUCCUGGUACGUCAUCCGACACCAACGGCGAAUGUGGUUUUGCCGCCAGCGACGGGCUGCGUUUGGCUGUAGCCGCGCGUUUGUGUGAAGAGAUCCGCGCCGCGGUGCUGAAGGAAACAGGCUUCAAGUGUUCCGCAGGCAUAGCGCAUAAUAAGGUUCUCGCUAAGCUGGUGUGUGGGCUGCAUAAACCUAACCAGCAAACUGUGCUCCCACAAGAGGGCGUGGCCGAGCUAUGGCGUGACACUGCGGUCUACAAGGUGCGAAACUUAGGUGGAAAACUUGGUCAGACUUUGCAAUCUGAACUUGGAUGCAAAACCAUGGCUGAUCUAAGCGGGCUGUCACUUUCAACUCUUCUGUCUCGCUUUGAUGAUAAAACAGCGAAAUGGUUGCACGACUUGGGCCAAGGUCGUGACAAUGAGGCAGUCGUUGCCCGACAGCUGCCUAAAAGCGUGGGCUGCAGCAAGAAUUUCCUGGGCCGUGAAAGCCUGCGAACUCGAGCCAGAGUGGCAGAGUGGACCCGAGCUUUGGCCGAGGAGCUUGGCGAGCGACUCGUGGAGGACCAAGAAUUGAAUAAGCGCGUAGCCCGCACGUUGACCGUAAGUUUUCGUGUUGGUGGGGGGCAGGAUCAGAACAACAGCUACGGUGCCAACAGCGGCACUCGGUCGUGUCCGUUGCCAUCCUACGCACCUGAGCGCAUAGCCACCGUCACCAUGACGAUCCUCGCGCCUUAUAACACGGCCAAGAGUGGAGACUUGUGGACCCCGCCACUGCUCAACAUCGGUCUAUCGGCCGGAAAAUUUGACGAUUUUCUCUCGUCCGGAAUGCCAUCCAUAUCGGACAUGUUCAAGAAAGCAGCGCAUCGACGUAGUAGGAGUCAAGAUGCGGGACCUUCUACAGGCGCUGAGAACGAUGUUAAAUACAACAUCGAUAUGGACUCAACAGCUCAGUGUGAAACUGAGAAUAAUCGUGAGAAUAUUGAGAAUAAAGCAGAAGUUAGUACUAAGAAGAAUGAUGAGAAACCAUUGCAUGGCAUUAUGAACUACUUCAAAGAUGUUAAGGAUGCGAAGGAAUCACGAGCUUCAACAUCAACAGCCACCACUAAAUCAACGUCUGCAGUAAAUGCGAGUGGUGAGAAAAAUUCUUUCUUCAGAAAUUUCAUCAUGAGGAAAGAAAUGAGUCGUAGUAGUGGCCUUUCAGUUAAAGAUAGCAUAACUUCCAUCAACAGUUUAGGGAAAUCUGAUGACGAUAGUUGCGAAGCUCUUAGUAUGUUAGUGCAAGAGCUUGAAGACAGUGAUGACGAGGAGAUAAAGUUAUCCAACGACCUCAAAACGAAAAAAAUCUUGACUUCUUCUACGCCUGCAAAAAAAUGUGAUGAUCUCGAUAGCUCAGCGGAAUACGAUGCAUCUACAGACUAUGAUGAGGAUGAGCUUAUUCAAUAUGAUGGCCAAAAUAAAAAUAAAGCUGAUGCGUUGCUUGGCGCUGAUAGCUUAGUCGAUCAAGACAUGACUCACCUUAUUGCAAAGCGAAUAGAAGAAACUAGCUGUGUCAAUUACGAUGUCGUUUCUUCUAAAGCAAAUGAAGAAAACUUGUCUCUUGAUUUACCAACAGCCUGUUCUUCUCUAACCACUCGCAAUGUGGUUAAUGUGGUUACAGAUGGCAGGGUUAGUGUUGAAGAACUCUUUCCGAAUCUGGACGAAGUUGACGAAUCUAUUUUACCUCAUCUUCCUGUUGAUCUCAGGAAAGCUGUCCAACUAGCCUUGAUGAAACACAAAGCCGAAAGGGUCGGUAAGCCAGCAUUAAAUGAAACGGGCAUCAGGCGGUUCAUGAAAAAAGUGGAAAAUUGCGGUAAUCGCACCCAUAAUUUCAUCGGCGAAUCACUCGCGUCUACGGAGAAUAGAACACCUUUAAUAGAAAACAAGGCAACGGAAACGAGAUCGGCAACAGGAAUAAUGAGAUAUUUGAAAGAUCAAACACCGCGUACAACAAAUGUGACCUACCCAUCAGAGGCGUCAGCCGGACCUUCAAAUCAAGGCUCUACAAACUGCACAGAAAUUAAUGAUUUUAGACCAUACAUACAAACGAAAUCUCUUUUCAAGGCGAAUGCUAUCACCCCUACUAGAUUGGAAAGCCUUCCAACUGACAAUGUCAAGUCCAAUAAGCCUGUUAAAACUGUUACUACAAUAGACUUGGACGUGAACAAUAAAUUCGAAGAAGAAUGUUCAACGAAAUGUGAACUUUGCGGUGAGCGCAUCAGUUUCUCAGAUCUCGCUGAACACUCGGACUACCACUUGGCUUUUGAUCUUCAGAAGCAACUCGGUGGCACAGCCGCCGGUGAAGAUCGAGCCUUUUCUAGUAAUACAGAACUGACGAGACAAAAUAAAAAACGUAAAAUCUCUGUUCCGGAACAUAAAAAGAAUAAAACGAUAGAUAGUUUUUUCAAUAAGUGAUAUAAUAGUUCGUGUUGUAUGUAAUUCAGCACGCAGAAGAUUGCCCAAAAAUAUUGUCGGUUGUGCAAUAACACCGUUAAUUCAACGCUCUUUAAUUGUUCAAUGCUUACAAAUUAAUAAAGAUUUCUAACUC